AAUGGGCAAGGAUUCAUACCCAUUGCUAAAACAGACUUUGGUAGAAAUAGUGUGGUAAAUGUUGAAAGUAUUCGUAAAAAUGAUUUAUAUGAAAAUACCUUUGAUUUUAUGUAGCAUUCCAACAAUGAUAUUUGGAUUUAAUAUCAUUGGAGGAAACUUUCAUAAAAAUAAGCAUAUGGACUCCCAUGUUAUAAUUGCAAAAGAUAAAAUUGGACCAAAAUUGUGUGUCAAAGAUUGUACUUUGUACAAAGGUUGUAAUGGUGUGAACUACAUAAGAGACGGACUAACUUGUGAGUUGCUGUCUAUCUCCUACCCAGAUGAUAAACUCGUAUACGGGAAUGGAAUAUAUUUUACAAAUAUUACCGAGUGGACGCAGGAGGUAAAUCGUUGCUAUCCAAACCCAUGCCAAGAAAAAACAUACUGUGUAGAAGCUUGCUACAACCAAUAUGUGUGUGUAACAUUUGAUGUACCAUGCGAUUCUUACCCAUGUAUAAACUCUGGAACAUGUCGUAAUGGAGUGAAUAGGUACACAUGUAUCUGUCCAAGUGGAUACUAUGGAACAACCUGUCAAUACACACCUUGCACUAAUAGACAAUGUAGCAAUGGCGGACACUGUAUAAUAUCCGGCUCCGGUUGGUACUGUUCCUGUCCGUCUGGUUACUACGGAACAUACUGUCAGUAUGAUCCCUGUUCAAUCGGUUGUAGUAAUGGAGGAAGCUGUGAAAUCGUUGGCUCUAGAGCUAAAUGCUGUGUGUCGUCCAUAUGGGGUUCAGACAAGUGCGGUUAUAGGUGUGAAACCUGA